UCAGUGAUGCCUUUGAAGUGAAGUGAAGACAGGAGUGAAACAAGGUUGCCUACUAUCCCCCAUGAUAUUCCUGAUUGUGGUUGACUGGACUGGAUCAUGCAGCAAACAGUGGGGAGCUGUGAGAAGAGGGGGAUACACUGUUUGACCGCGGAAAAGAACCUAGAAGACUUGGAUUUCGCCGAUGACUUGUGCCUGAUGUCACACAAACUGGAAGAUCUACAGACGAAAACUAACAAGUUGACAGAAGAGGCAAGGCGGGGCAGCGAAGACGGGACUUCAAGUGAAUAUAGAGAAGACAGAAGUGAUGAAGAUACCGCACCACCACCAUCAACAACAACAACAAACUCCAAUCACCAUCAACGGGAGAAACUUGAAGGAAGUAACCUCCUUCACUUAUCUAGGAAGCACUGUUUCAACUACAGGCGGGACGGACGAGGACGUCAAAGUCAGAAUCGGAAAAGCAAGACAGGCGUUCAUUAGCCUGAAACCAGUGUGG